AUGGAUCUAUCGGCGGCGCCCGAGCAAGAACCCCGGGACCUCGUUUGGUUCUACCUAGCAAUCGGUACGCUAACGUCGGCAUUAGGCUGUUCAAUUAUCUGCUGUGAUGUAGUGUGGAACAAAUUGUUCCCCAAGGCCCAAUUCUCCAUUCUAGAGGGCACAGGAUUCCAAAGCCGAGCCUUCAGUUUGUCUGGUGGCACACUUUUAGCGGCAUCUCUGUUCAAACUCCUGCCUCAGGCGCUUGGAUACAUUCAAUCCGCGCUAGAGGACGAUCAAAAGGCCAAUGUCUACUUGUUUGUGGCCUUUGCAGUUGGGUUAUCGCUCUGCUGGCUGCUCAAUGCACUCGUGCACCUGGUCACGGCGAAAAGUGUCGUCCAUUGUGCGCAUGACAUAGACCAUGCGUCUGCUCAAGAGCAAUCAAAUUCACGCUCGUAUUCUAGCAUUGAACCAGCUGCAGCUCAUCAGCAUGCCCAUUAUCACAGCCACAGCAUCGACCACGAGGGGACUCAAACGGACCCUAGAGGUCCGAUGUCUAGGCGCAGCAUGGCAAACCUGAUGGGAUUCGAUGAGAACUCGCAUUUGCUUGAUCAGAACAGUGUUCUUGUGCAUCAUCACGGUGUUCAUCAGCAUUACAAGUUACCUGACCACGGCCAGUUUUCCAUCGCACCGCCGCCUAUGCUGCUCACGGCGACCACGAAGAUUCUGCGAUGCCAUGAGCCGGGCUCUUGUCGCGGGUUCUUGUCGCUAAAAAGGUGCUCGAAAGACGUGCAUGAUAGCCACUGCACCUGUGGAGAAGCUGACAAUGAGCUCGGGGUUUAUAGUGACAUGAGACAAACAGAUUGCCCCGAGGACGAGGCAGAUCCAGAGUUUCAUCACCACCACGUUACUACCGAGAGUGGCCAGCUCUACUCUAUUGGCAUUCAAACCGCAAUUGCCAUCACGGUUCACAAGUUCCCUGAAGGCUUUCUACUGUACGCAACUAACAAGGCGGACAGUUCACUUGGCUUCCAAGUUUUCACGGCAUUGGCAUUGCACAAUUUCACCGAGGCAUUCUCGGUCGCCUCUCCACUCUACGUUGCGUUGAGAAAUCGAGUAUUGGCUCUGAUCAUCUCCAUCGUCCUAUGUGGUGGCUCUCAGCCCCUGGGAGCAUUGGCAGCAAAGUAUGUGCUAAAAGACAAGAUUGUUGACUUGAACUCUUCAUUAGAGUUAGGUUUGAUGGUUGCAGGAGUAUCUGGGUUCAUGACUACAAUCGGUAUCCAAAUGGUCGCAAUGCCUGCAUUUAUGAACGGCAGCAAGAGAGUCACCGUAGCAUGGACAACGCUUGGUGUUUUAUUCAUUUUGUUCACCAAUUGUAUAUCGGCAUAA